UCACCUCCCGCGGCUGCUGCCGGUCCCACCGCCGCCGCCAUGGAGGGCUUCGUGGACUUCACCAACCGCAGCCAGGGCCGCGACCAGCUGUUCCGAGCCACUCAGUACACAUGCAUGUUGCUUAGCUAUUUAAUAGAGCGUAAGGCUGAUAAAGAGAAGCUGGUAAUGAAACUCAAGCAGUUGGAAUCUAGCAUGAGCUCUGGCCGGAAAAUGUUCCGACUGGGCAACAUGGUGCAUGCCUUGGUAGCAGCCAGAAGAACCACGCAGCUGCCAGAUGUGGUUCCUCGCUUCUGCCUCACAGCCUCCAACCUGACCCGUGCCCUCUACUUCGUCUGCGACGCGGUCCUGUGGCUGAAGAGCGUUGGGCUCCAACCUGACAUCGACAAGCCAAAGUGGAGGAAUUGGGCUACCAAGUGUUACUACUUUUCACUCCUGAUGAAUCUAGCCAGGGACUGGUAUGAGAUCUCCUGGAGGGUGGAACAAGCUGUACAGGAAGAAAAGACGAAGGAGAAUUCCUUCUGGGACAAACACAGUGAGGAACUAAACUGUGUGAAAUGUGAUAGUUUGCAGGGUUUUUUCCUCCUACUGUUUCAGAUACUGAAAAGCCACCCUCCUUUGCUGCUGGACUUGGUGAAGAAUCUCUGUGAUCUCUCAGGGCCUUUGGAUACUCUAGGGAUCUACAAGACCAAUCCAGGAGUGAUUGGUUUCUGUGGUGUCCUCUCUUCCCUGGUGGGGAUCCUCACAUUAGCAAGCCCACAUCUGAAGCUGAAGCAGUGACAUAAAAGGAGCUGCCUGGUAUGCAGCGAGCCAACAGCUUUGAUCCUGAUAGGUUUUUAUCCUUCGUAUGGCACUUUUUAAAUGAACAUGUCUCACAGUAACCUCAAGAUUAAUUUUGCCCUCUGAUUAAGUGAAUUCUACCCUUUUUCCUUUCCCUGUGUCUUUGCAGAUGAGUUUGGUGCCAUGAGACACUACCUGAUGGAGUGGAGAUGGGAGAAGGCAGAGUAAUAUUUCACAAACAGAAACGGGGCUUGGAACAUGGCUGCUAGAUAAGGAAAUAUUGAUGUUCCAGUAUUGUAAUACAGGGUUGUGAAAUAGCUGCGUAGACAACUGUAAUAAGUGUAUGACUCAUAGCUAAUUGUGUUUACACUGGAAAGCUGAAAUUCACCAAUCAAGGGUUCCUACAGUUGGAUUUUCUAUAGUGGGCUCAGGCAAGUUAGGGGCUGUGGUUAAAACGGCCUGAAAUCAAGUAAGAGUGUUCUGAUGGGUUUGGACUGAUGGGUCCUCUUAUCUGGAGGUAGUGGUUUGAAUGCCAUGUGAUGGGAACUGAGGAGUGGUGUGAUCUGACCUUCUGAUGAUCUCUCUAACGUGCGCAGGUGCUGCUGGAUCUGAAGUCUAGCGAGUCCCAACUUGUGUCCCAGGAAAUCAGCACUUUCUUCCCCUUUGAUAAUGUGAGCCAAGGACUGUUGACCACUGACUCUUGACUUCUCCAGCAGGCCACAGCUGAGAGUUUUGGUGAAGGACAGCGAGUGGGAGAAGCUUGUCUGGGUGCUGAUGACGCUGUGAUUUGUAGGAAACCAGGUUUCCAAAGCUGUGAACCUGGAACCACUCACAAGCACUGAAUUUCCCAUUACACAUGCACCUUAACUCCCAAACCCCUGUGAUUGCAAGUGCAACGAUUUGCCAUUAAUCAUAUUGUGAUAAGGAGCUUGUUUUGCUCUUCUGAUUUUUUGUGAAAAAUUCCAGUGUAAUGAGGAGCUUUGGAACCUGCAGUUAAGGAGAGAAGCCUGGCUCAGAGCUCGUUGAGUCAGAAAAACUGCAAGGGUGUGUUUCCAGUUGUGUAAGCUCCUGGAGGGAAGGGAAUGGAGUUGGUCGUGAUAAUAUCAGAAUCCCCUGUGAGAAGAAAAGCUUAUUACUGGAUUUGGGCAUUCAUGGUUUACAUUUUCCUGUCUCGCCCUCCCUAUCCUUCCCUCUCAUGACCACACAGAUUUUUGUGUGUUCCCUCGCUGGUUGAAUGGGUUCUACCAUUUGAAAAUGCCUUACGUUUGCCCUGCAACUGCGUUGUUGUUGAUCACUUACCUCGCUGGGAAUGGUUGCCCAGCAGUGUGAAAGGAGAAGUGCUGUGUCCAGCUGUCUAACAGUGACAUGGCACGCAGUCUUUGUUGCUCCUGACUUCGCAGAGCACCAGUUCUGACACCGUCUGAGAAAAAAUUGCACACUAUAUAAGGAGAUAAAAUUAUCAUUUUUCUUCAUCGGAGUUAGGCCUGUGUGUUCUGCGACUUUCUGGUGCAAGGACUCUGUUUAAUGUGUCAGGAAAUGUGAACAGAGACUACUCUAACCUGGACCAAGGUACUCUCUUAUUAUUUCUGAUGCUAUUUGAAAAAAGAAAUUAAAAGGUGCUGGUCUCUUUUAUUAAAAGGCUGUUGGAAUUGAGUAGGCGUUAAGGCAGUGCCCCAUUUACCUGAAGUCAUUGUGGUUGGGCUUGGAAUUACUUCCAGUUUGAAUGUGAAGUGUUAGCCUGCCAAUGAGGUGUUUGAAAAAAAAAAAAAAAGAGGUUGCUGGGGAGGGCAAUUAAGCGUGUUUGUAGACCAAAUGUGGCCUGCAGGGGCUCUGCUUUUUAAUAUGGAAAUAAAUACCAUUAAAAGUAGAGCAUACUGGCAGUUCAGACCAUAAUGGAGCAUUACAUGGGGAUUGUGUUGUCUUCAAGGGCUUCCUUUCCUUUUUAACAGUGGAAUUUUUUUGUUUCUUUACUCCUUUGAGCUCCUGGCAGUGAGGAGCCCAUCCCUCCCUUGGCCAGGUUGGGUCAUUGUCCCUUGUGUGUAGCAACCCCUGUAAGGACAGAAGAGGAGUCUCGAUGAUCUGGCAGCGGAGGUUUGGCCACCUCUUGUCUACAGAAUUUCAUCUUCUUGCAAAAAAAAAUGUGUUUUGAAAUCCUUUUGGGGAGCUCUUGGAUACAAAAUACUUCUUCCACUGGUUUGCAAACUGAUUUCUCUCUUUUGCUGGUAGCUCGUAGGCGAAGGGGAGUGGAUUAACGCGGUGAUGUGGCCCUUGGGGAGCUGCACCUCCCUGCUGAGGGAGAGGUGGUUUUUUUUGCCUUGUGCCAGGCAAACGCUGUGCAAAGCCACGGGCCAGGCUUUGAUGUUCCUCCUGUAGGGGCUGCCUUGGAUUAGCAAGUACAGGCUUAGCCUGGGAGAUGGGGCAGUGAAUUUUCAGCCUGCGACAGCCUUACUUGCCCCAUUCUACAUGGCGUGGGUUGGCGCAUGCAGGAAUAACUCUUUACUGGUUGUUAAGCACUAAUACUUGCCUUCUGCUCCCCAGCUGGAGGCUAGAAUUUUAAUGUACCUUAAUGUAAUGUGACUGAAGCCAUAGGAUCACAGUCAAAUGGAGAAAAACCUUUUAGUGCCUUUUUUUUUGUAUCUGUUUCUACUACAGCAGUUGGAAUAAGGACAGCUGUUUGAACACGAGCAAUAAAGUGAGAUGAGCGUGA